AUUCGUCCGAUCAGAGAGGACAUACACACUACACAUUCUAGCAUAACGCGGUUUGGCGUUCGUCGUUUCACUGUCCUUUAACGCAAAAGUACGAGUUCGUGACGUUUGACUGCCAUCAAAACAUUGGCAGAACGAGAGAGAGAGAGAAUAUCGGUGCAUUUAAAGUGAAGUGGGUGUUUGUGUGCAUCGGAAGCAAAGUGCAUUCUUCAAGAAUUGUGCAAGUGCAAAAUCGCAGAAAAAAACCGAGCUCCAAGAGAGACUUCUCAGUGAAAGUGCCUUAGUGCAAAAGCAAACAACAAAACCACACACAGAUAUACAAAAUGGAUUACGCAAACAUGGUGUCAGAGUCGGCCGGCAUUAACGGCAAACUGCAGGCGUCGCUCGAACCACUGUCCCGCACCUACCAGUACCGGAAGGUGAUGAAGCCGAUGCUGGAGCGGAAGCGGCGCGCCCGCAUCAACCGCUGCCUCGACGAGCUGAAGGAGCUGAUGGUGUCCGCGCUGCAGUCGGAAGGCGAAAACGUGGCCAAGCUGGAGAAGGCCGACAUCCUCGAGCUGACCGUGCGCCACCUGCACAAGCUCCGCCGGCAGCAGCGCUUGGCCGCGAACCCGGUGCUCGAUGCGGACCGCUUCCGGGCCGGAUUCACCCAUGCCGCCAACGAGGUGUCGCGCUGUCUCGCCUCCACGCCCGGCGUUGACAUCAAGCUCGGCACGAAGCUGAUGACGCACCUCGGCCACCGGCUGAACGAUCUCGACAAAGUGUCCCCCCUGUCCGUGCACGUAGAGUCCAGCGGCAGCAGCAGCACCGGCAACAGUGGCAGCUCCCGCAGCCCAUCGCCUCCGAUCUCACCGUUCUCGGCCGCAUCGUCCUCGUCCGGCGAUGUCCCCAUGUACCAGAUGCCGCUGACCCCGCAGUCGUACCGCAGCGAGGAGUCGGGCCUGCUGGCACCCUCCACCACGCCGUCGCCGAACCCGAGCGAGUGCGACGACCACCACCACCACCACACCGGCGGUCUGCUCAAGAUCCAACAGUCCGGCGAAUCCGUCUGGCGGCCGUGGUAAAGCCUCCCUCUACCCGGGCCUCGCCAUCCAAACAAAACAAAACGAAAAGAAACCAAAUCUCUUCGAAUCCAUCGAUCUCACCACCCGGCACCCGGCAGUUGGAUUUUGUGCAACGACGACGACGACGACGACGACCGCGUCGUGGCACCGCGUUGGGGGGAAAACAAACAGCAAAGGAACGGUUUGCAGCUUUAAAUAGUGUUUAGGAAGUUUAGUAGUGUAGUUAAGCGGCUCAGCACGCGUUCACUUAGGCCAGUGCGUGCGAGUGUUUUUAUUUCGUAUCGGCGUGGAGCUCGAGUGAGAAGCCACCCGAUAAGGUUGUUCUUGUUGUAGUUGAAUUUGUUGCGAAGAACAAUAUUCAUUGUGAUAUUACUGUGUACACUGAGGAAGGCCAGCUCAAAGGAAACGUAACACGAAGGGCAGGAGAGUACAAGUGGCGGAGAGAGAGAGAGAGAGAGAAAGAGAGACAGUGAGCUGGCUUCCCGCUUUUUUUUCUUGUUUAGAUCUAUGCAUUUACAAAGCCCCAGUUUAGCAUUUAGAAAGCAAAGACUUGAAACGGGAGGAAAAGGGAUAGGAACAAACAGGAGCAGGAUGUACGGUUUUUUUCUUUAACUAUUUUUUUUGUGUGUUAGGAUUGUGAAGGAAAGGAGAAAAAAUUGCAAAGAUUUCCAUGAUGCAAUUGCUGUGAUUUCAAAAGGAAACAAAUCAAAAAGCCCAGUUCAAGGAGAUCGCAGCUACACGAGAUGGGACAGUGGAAGAAUGAUCAAUCUUUAAAAAAAAGAUGUUGAAGAAAAAAAAUACAUUGCUCAAACAAUGAUUCUUACAAAACAUAA